UCUCUCUCUCUCUCUCUCUCUCUCUCCAUUGAAGAAGAUAGAAGAGCACCGCUAUUUAACAAGCUUCGCGUUACCGCCGCCCCAACCUUAUUCUCUCUCAGUCUCUCUCUCUCUCUCCCUUCCUCUCCUUCUACCUCUUCCUCUCUACCCGCCUUGUGCAAUUGCACCCCCUCCAGGCCUCCACCAACAACGAGGAGAAUUCGACCCCAAUUUCACAGCGCCGUCGAGCAAGUCCGUCGGUCCGCAAUGGCGUCGCCCGGCGACGAGGGUCUCCCGGCGCUGCCUCCCAUCAAGACGACAACGACACCGCUGCCGCCCCCGCCGCCGUCGUCCGCCACGGUCUCGGCCUCGGCCUCGGCCUCGACCUCUCCGUCGGCGGUGGACAGCGCGACGAAGGCCGCGGAGGAGGAGGAUCACGAGCCGUCGACGCCGACGUCGGAGGGGAGCAGGCUGCGGACGCCCGCCGAGUGCCCGCCGGCCCCGCGCAAGCCGCCGGCGCCGCGGCUGCCCGUGAAGCGGAAGCCGCCGCUGCCCUCGCCCGCGCCGGCGCGAGUGUUCGUCGCCGUCCCGCGCGACCUCUCCACUGUCUUCCGGGCGCUGCCUCCCAAGAAGCGGAUCCGGGUGUCGUGAUGCUGCGAUUUGCUGGCCGUGAUUUACCACCGGCGGCUUCCCAGGCUUGGUCAAUUUCUUCUCGGAGAAUUCUUCUGAGUUCUUGGCUUCAUCUUCUUCCCCCUCCUCUUCUCGUUUCUUUUCUCCUUUGGGUUACUGCUACCCACGGGCCACGGCCAUAGUAUAAUUAAAUUAUAAGUUUCGCUUGCUGCCGAAUCUGUAAAAUUGUUUGGGAAUUCAGCCAUUAAUUGUAGAUCAUAAUUCAGUGGAUAUAUAUAUGAAGCAGCGCACAUGAAGCCAUCAGCACGGUGACAAAAAAUGCAAAUUUGGGUUGGGUAGAUCCACCAUUUCUUACAACAAGACAUCCGAGUCCGAGAAUUGUUAAUUGUGAGAUAAUCAUCCUGUGACCAGUUUGAAUU